CCGCCGCCCCCGGCCCGGUCCCGCCGCAGGGCGGUCGGUGAGCGGGGGGCCGGGCCCCCGGGGCCGGAGAGCCGGAACCCCACCGGGGUUCGCGCGUGGCAUCGACCCGUGGCCGAGCGGCGCCCCGUGCGGGACCCGAGCCGCCUCGUCGCCCGCCGCCGCCCCUCCUUCGACGCCGGCACCGUCCGCGCCCGCCUGCGCCUCGCCUCCUCGCUCGGGGUCCCCGAGGACGGAGCACCGGUCCAGGCGCCGGAGCAGGAGCGGCAGCGCCGGCUCCCCCGGGAGCAGCCCGCGCCCGGGACGCAGGAGCCGGUGGCGGCGGAGGCGCUCCCGGCCGGGCACCGGGACCUGGAGGCCGCCCUCAGUUGGCACCGCUUCCUGCGCUACCCGCCGCGGCAGUUGCUGCGCAGCAUCGCAGAGGUGGGCCCAGAAGGACUGAGCCCCCACGGCGUGGUGCUACUUGCCCAGCACCUGGCCCGGCACCGGCUCCGGGAGCCCCGCCUCCUCGAUGCCAUCGCCCACUUCCUCGUGGCCCAGGCGGCCCAGCUGGACAGCAAGGUGGUGCAGAAGCUGCUGCUGCCCUUCGGGCGACUGAAUUAUCUGCCUCGGAACGAGCUGUUCGUGCCCUGCCUGGAGCGGCUCCUGGCCCGGGAGGCGGGCGCCGCCCCCCUCGCCACCGUCAACAUCUUGAUGUCGCUGUGCCAGCUGCGCCGCCUGCCUCCGCCCACCCUGUACCUCGUCUUCUCCCCGACCUUCAUCCGCAACGUCAUCGGCAGCCCCCACGCCCUCAUCAUGCACCGCUACCUCUCCCUGCUGGACACGGCCGUGCAGCUGGAGCUCCCCGAGUACCGAGGCCCCCGCCUGCCCCCCCGGCACCGCGUGCCCAUCUUCCCCCAGCCCCUCGCCGCCGACCACGCCCGCUGCAAAUACAGUCACAAGUGGUGGGUGGCGGAAGGGCUGCGGCAGCUCCUGGGAGAGGAGAAUUACCGCCAGGAUCUAGUUGUGCCUCCGGGGUACUGGACAGAUUUCCUCCUGUGCGUGAGCGGCGCCGGCGCCGUCCUCCCCGCCGCCGGCCAGAACCUCACGCUGCCCUACCCGCCCGGCCCGACCCCCGAGACCGAGGAGUCUGUCCUCAGGGUGGUGCUGACGGUGCAGGAACGCUGGCACUUCUGUCGCGACGGGAGCGUGCUGCUGGGCUCCCGGGCCCUGCGGGAGCGACACCUGCGGCUGCUGGGAUAUCGCCUUCUACCCCUGCCCUACCCGGAGCUGGAGGCCGUGCGGGGCCUCCCCCAACUGAAACGCUACCUGAGCCGGAAGCUGCACGCCGCCGUGGGCCUGCGCCGGGGGCCGGCGGGGGGCUGAGGAACCUCCCCGCCGCCCCCCUCCCCGCCCCGGGCCCGAGCCCCCCGCCCCGGGGCCGUUUGCACUUUGGUUCUGAUAAAAGCCACUCUCCGUCCCC